ACUUCUUCUCCCAUCCAUCAGCUAGCCCUCUGCCAACACUACUCAGACUAGCGUCUGGUGCUCGACGAUCUGAGAUGGCCAAGCUUGCCGUGGUGGCAUUGCUGGUGUUGCUCGGUUCAGUGGUGUGCCAAGCCGACUACGGCAACCCCGGCUUCGGCUCUGGUUCAGGCUCCGGCUUCCACAUCCCGAUCCAAAUCCCGUUCCCGCACCGGACCCCGACGCCGACGCCGAGCCCGAACGCCGGCGGCCUCGCCGUCGGCUUCUACGACAGCACGUGCCAAAACGCCGAGGAGAUCGUGAGGGGCGUCGUCGAGAACGCGGUCAGACAGAACCCUGGCAUUGGCGCGGGGCUCAUUCGUAUGCUCUUCCACGACUGCUUCGUCGAGGGAUGUGACGGCUCCGUGCUGCUCGACCCGACGCCGGCGAACCCGCAGCCGGAGAAGCUGGCGGUGCCGCCCAACUUCCCCAGCCUUCGCGGUUUCGAGGUGAUCGACGCGGCCAAGGCGGCGCUCGAGGACGCGUGCCCCGGCAACGUCUCCUGCGCCGACAUCCUCGCCUUCGCCGCCCGCGACGCCAGCGCCGUCCUCAGCAACGGCAACAUCAACUUCACGGUGCCCGCGGGCCGCCGCGACGGGCGCGUGUCCAACUCCAGCGACGCGCUCCAGUUCCUGCCCCCUCCGUCCUUCAACCUCUCCGAGCUCACCGCCAGCUUCGCCGCCAAGGGGCUCGACGUCGACGACCUCGUCGUGCUCUCCGGCGCGCACACCGUCGGCCGCUCCCACUGCUCGCCCUCCGUCAGCGACGGCCGCCUCAACGCGUCCACGUCCGACAUGAACCCUGGGCUGGCCGCGCAGCUGAGGCGGCAGUGCCCGGCCAACCCGAACGCGACCAACGACCCCACGGUGGCGCAGGACGUGGUGACGCCGGUCAGGCUGGACAACCAGUACUACAGGAACGUGCUCAACCACAGCGUGCUCUUCACGUCGGACGCGGUGCUGCUCAGGUCGGUGCAGACGACGCUGGCGGUGGUCAUGAACGCGUUCGUCCCCGGGAUGUGGGAGCAGAAGUUCUCCAGGGCGAUGGUGAAGAUGGCGAACAUCGAGGUGAAGACCGGCGCCAAUGGCGAGAUCAGGAGGAACUGCCGGGUCGUCAACUAGUUGGAUUUCCCAUGGGAUAAUUUCUUUCGAAACGUUUAUUCUUUUUUGCAAGUGUGUAACCCUGUGAGCUGCUUUACUUUGCAUGUUCUUCUGUUGCUGUCCC